GCCCCGGCCCCCGCGGGCAUGUCGGUGGUGGGCAUCGACCUGGGCUUCCUCACCUGCUACGUGGCCGUGGCGCGCAGCGGCGGCAUCGAGACGGUCGCCAACGAGUACAGCGACAGGUGCACCCCGGCCUGCAUCUCCCUGGGGUCCAGGACGCGCGCCAUCGGGAACGCGGCCAAGAGCCAGAUAGUCACAAAUGUCAGAAACACCCUCCAUGGCUUCAAGAAGCUGCACGGACGAUCGUUCGAUGAUCCCAUCGUGCAGACGGAGCGGAUCCGGCUCCCCUACGAGCUGCAGAAGAUGCCCAACGGCAGCGCGGGCGUGAAGGUGCGGUACCUCGAGGAGGAGAGGCCGUUUGCCAUCGAGCAGGUCACUGGGAUGCUGCUGGCCAAGCUCAAGGAGACCUCAGAGAACGCCCUGAAGAAGCCGGUGGCCGACUGUGUCAUCUCCAUCCCGAGCUUCUUCACCGACGCCGAGCGCAGGUCCGUGAUGGCCGCGGCCCAGGUCGCGGGGCUGAACUGUCUGAGGCUGAUGAACGAAACCACGGCCGUCGCGCUGGCCUAUGGGAUCUACAAGCAGGACCUGCCCUCCUUAGAUGAGAGGCCGAGGAACGUGGUCUUUAUCGACAUGGGCCAUUCUGCCUACCAGGUCUCCGUGUGUGCUUUCAACAAGGGGAAGCUCAAAGUCUUGGCCACGACCUUUGACCCCUAUUUGGGAGGCAGGAACUUCGACGAGGCGCUGGUGGACUACUUCUGCGACGAGUUCCAGGCCAAGUACAAGAUCAGCGUGAAGGAAAACUCGCGUGCCCUGCUGCGCCUGUAUCAGGAGUGCGAGAAGCUGAAAAAGCUGAUGAGCGCCAACGCCUCGGACCUGCCGCUCAACAUUGAGUGCUUCAUGAACGACCUGGACGUGUCCAGCAAGAUGAACAGGGCCCAGUUCGAGCAGCUGUGUGCGUCCCUCCUGGCCAGGGUGGAGCCCCCGCUGAAGGCCGUCAUGGAGCAGUCGAACUUGCAGCGGGAAGACAUCAGCAGCAUUGAGAUUGUGGGGGGCGCCACACGGAUCCCCGCAGUGAAGGAGCAGAUCUCCAGGUUCUUCCUCAAGGACAUAAGCACCACGCUGAACGCCGACGAGGCCGUCGCCAGGGGCUGCGCGCUGCAGUGUGCGAUUCUCUCACCAGCAUUUAAAGUGCGUGAAUUUUCCAUAACAGACCUUGUUCCGUAUUCGAUCACUCUAAGGUGGAAGACCUCUUUGGAAGAUGGAGCUGGGGAAUGUGAAGUGUUCUCGAAGAACCAUCCCGCCCCGUUCUCAAAGGUCAUUACUUUCCACAAGAAGGAACCGUUUGAACUAGAAGCGUUUUAUACUAAUUUACAUGAAGUGCCUUAUCCCGACCCACACAUUGGGAGCUUCACUAUUCAGAAUGUUUUUCCACAGUCUGAUGGCGACAGCUCCAAAGUGAAGGUCAAGGUGCGCGUGGACAUCCACGGUGUCUUCAGCGUGGCCAGCGCCGCGGCGAUCGAGAAGCAGAGCAUGGAGGGGGGCCACAGCGACGUGCCCAUGGAGACAGAAGCUUCGCUGAAGAACGAGAGCAGAGAAGACGUGGGCAGGACGCAGGCGGAGCAGGAGGACGGCCACCGGAAGGGCCAGGCGGAGCCCGCCCCCGAGGAGGAGCUGGACCACGCGGGGACCCGCACGAAGUCAGCUCCCUCCGACAAGCCAGACCGAUCAAACCAGGCCACCAAGAAGGGGAAAGUCAAGAGCAUCGACCUGCCCAUCCAGAGCAGCCUGUGUCGGCAGCUGGGCCAGGAGCUCCUCAACAGCUACAUUGAAAACGAGGGGAAGAUGAUCAUGCAAGAUAAGCUGGAGAAGGAGAGAAACGACUCCAAGAACGCCGUGGAGGAGUACGUGUACGACCUGCGGGACAGGCUGGGCUCCGUGUACGAGAAAUUCGUCACUCAGGAAGAGCUGAAGAAGCUGUCCGCCAUCCUGGACGACACCGAGAAUUGGCUGUAUGAAGAAGGGGAGGAUCAGCCUAAACAGAUUUACGUGGACAAGCUUCAGGAACUCAAGAGACACGGGCAGCCCAUCCAGACACGCUUUGAGGAGCACGAGGAGCGGCCGAAGGCGCUCAACGACCUGGGCAGAAAGAUCCAGCUGGUCAUGAAGGUGAUCGAGGCUUUUCGGGCCAAGGACGAACGAUACGAUCACCUGGACCCCGCCGACGUGGACAGAGUGGAGAAGCACGUGGGCGAGGCCAUGAGCUGGCUGAACAGCAGGAUGAACGCGCAGAACAAGCUGGGCCCCACUCAGGACCCCGCAGUGCGGGUGGCAGAGAUCGCUGCCAAGGCCAAGGAACUGGAUAACUUCUGCAACCCCGUCGUCUACAAGCCCAAGCCGCACGUGGAGGUCGCGGAGGACAAAGCGAGAGCUGACCCCGAGCACAACGGGCCGGCGGGCGGGCAGGGCGGCGCAGAGAGCAGAGGCGACGCGGCGAGGGACGCCCCACACCCGAAGGCCUCGGGCGAGAUGGAAGUGGACUAGCGGCGCCCCGCGCCUCCCGACAGCCACGUCACCACGCGGUCCGCGCUGCUUGGCAUCUGCCCAGGCAACACGUGCUCCGUUGUUCGUAACCAGUUUUUGUCGUGUUUUUUGGAGGAGUCCUGAAAAGUGUCCUGUGCCGAGUGCUGCACCUCGUUCCUUUCCACCGCUGCUUGCGUGAAGCUGUAGCCGAGUCUAGAUUGACGCGUCAGUUUACGCUUUCCCAGUCUUUCCUGUCACGCGCGCAAGACUGGCCCGUAGCCGGCGACAACCUGCCUCCCUAGAGCCCCUCCCGGAGAGGCCUCCGCGCUCCACGCGGGCAGGGAGGCGGGGGCGCCCUGCUGCUCACAGGCGUCGCUGCACUUGCAUCAUUAUUUUGAGAAACACAUAAUGAAAUGGAUGUGGUUUACGGCCACCGAGGCACUGACCUUUUUCUAGUUAUUGUAUUGUUCUAAUUUAAAUAUUAAAACAAGUAAGCGGCUCCUCGCCACGCUGGUCCGUCUCACUGGGGCGCCACGAGGACGCAGCGCUUUGCUGUCGUCCGCAGGUGACGGACUCACGCUGAAGGGAGCCCCGCGCUGGUAGCUCAGGCGCCCGAGGCUGGCUGGUUCCAUCGGUGACGAGGAUGGAUGUUGUCUGAGGCGCUCCGGGUCUCUCACUGGAGGCUCGAGGCCCGCUUGUGCUGAGGACGGCUGCGCGGGCCGUGCCCGCUGUGAGCAGGAGGUGCCCCGGAGCAGGCUCC